GAAGCAGAAGAAAGAGUUUAAUACUCGGCCAUCCACGGUACAAUAUUAUACUUAUAUAAGUAUAUAAAGUCAUCGAUCGCCGGGCGAAAUGCAGCCGAAGGUCAAGUCGAUGGGUCCUGGCACGGACAUCGCGUGCCCCCUCAAGUCUGCGCCCCGAUUGAAUGCGAAUCAUCCUGCAGAUCCCGUAUGGGCGUUUUUCCAAUCACAAGUGGGCCGGUUGCAGGGCGCAUUGCACUUAAUUAAGAGCGGGCAAGUGCGAGCACUCUGAUGAGCGGCGCCCCCGAUUGGCGCACGCACCCUCCAACAGCCCCCGUUAAUUGGCGACGCCGAUCGGUUGCAGGUGACGCGCUAUAAAUACAAACAAUCCCGACGAAUCUGACGCAGUCCUGACGCGCAACCUGCACAAGCAUGGAGCAUCGCUUCCCAUCCAAGCUGGACGAGUACUACGAAAAGUUCCUGGACCUACAGGAGAAACUCAAAAGAAGUGAGGAGCAGCGGUUCUUGCUGGAAACGCAGUUCAACGAAACGGUGCAAAUGGCCAAAGAGGAGGAACGGGCGCAUUACCGGAAGCUGCGCGCCCAAUACAAGCGAUUCUUGGAGGAGGACCGGAAGCGCCAGGACCGGAACGAGCGCAUCAUGCGGCACCUGGGGCGCAUCGAGACCCGCAUUGCCACCCUCUCGGCCAAAACAGAGCGCAUCAACCUGCUCAGGCGCCAAUAUCAGCACCUCCUCGUGCCCAAUCAGCUGCCAGCGCCCCGGACGAGCCAACCGGACAGAUCCACCGAGGACACCAUCCGGAUCCUGGACAAGUACCUGCAGGCCAUGUCCAGACCGAGCGGCAGCGACAUCCUGCGGCUUGCUGAGCCUUUGGAGCCCUCGCCCAAUCAGGCUGCUGCUUAUGCCGACGGCAUCUUAAGCUCCAUUUGCUCCAGGCACUACAGCAAAGACCUUCAUCUAGUUAGGGGGCCCAACCAAGCUGCGGAGGUUGAAACGCGCUCAGCUCCAGACGCAGUGGAGGAAGUUCCCCAUCUAGAGCCCACUCAGGCUCAUGUGCAGCUUCCCCAUCCAGAGCCUGCGGGAGCCGCUGAGCUUCUUCAAGAAAUCACAGUGGUUGGCAGUGGGGAACCCGACCAAAGCGGGCAUCAGGAGCAAGCAACGCCAGAGCAUGUUCGGCAGUCGGUGGACGACAGUCCAGAGCCCCAUCAGGACAGCUGCCAGCAAGGGCUGCUUCAACAGCCCAAAGAGGCCUUGCACCCCACCAACCAAACGCCUGCAGAUCGAGAACAGGAACUCUGUCAACCCGAUGAGCCGCUGGAUGGCAAAACAGAGCCCAACGACCCACAGAAACUAGACGAAGAACAGGAACUCUAUCGGCAAAAUGAGGAAACGGAGCCAAACGACCCACAGAAACUAGGCGAAAAACCGGAACUCUAUCGGCAAACCAACCAGGCAGAGCCAAACGACCAACAGAAUGUAGACGAAGAACCGGAACUCUAUCGGCAAAAUGAGGAAACGGAGCCAAACGACCCACAGAAACUAGACGAAGAACCGGAACUCUAUCGGCAAAACAACCAGGCAGAGCCAAACGACCAACAGAAACUAGACGAAGAACCGGAACUCUAUCGGCAAAACAACCAGGCAGAGCCAAACGACCAACAGAAUGUAGACGAAGAACCGGAACUAUAUCGGCAAAACAACCAAGCAGAGCCAAACGACCAUCACAACGUGGAGGAAGAACAGGAAAUCCCCCAGCAGAUGAUUGGAUCAGACGAUCAACCUCUGUACGAACCAACAGGACUGUAUCAGCAAAACGAGCAGCCGGAGUAUGAGGAAACGGCAGGUUACGACCAGUACGGCCAGCUUCUGCUCUACAACCAGCAUGGCGAACUGGUGCCGCCCCAGUACGACUCAGCGGGCCAGAUUCUGCCCCAGUACGACUCAGAAGGCCUGCCCUUAACAUUGUACGACCAGAACGGGCAGCAGUACGACCACAACCGACAGCCGGUUGUCCACUACGAUGCCAACGGCCAGCCAGUCUACGAGUACUACACUGGAGAGGAAAUUCCGCAGUAUGGCCUGGAAGAUGGUCGUUCGAACCAGUAUUAUGCGGAGAAGGACCAGAGUGGAGGGCUGGAGGAGUACGGAGUAAAUGAGGGCUAUUUUUCGCAGCCUCAUGCGGAUGGCGCUCACCAAGUCGCUGAAAAUCAGCUGCAAAGGGAUGAGGAUCCUGAGUCUACGGAGGUCGCAGGUGAGUCACACUGUCCUCCUCAUCUGGAGCCGCCGGCAGAUGCAGAGGCUUUGGAGGAAAGUGAGUCAAACGGCAAGGAACCCGAGCCGGAAACUAUUCCAGAUGCCUGCAGGCAACCGGAUCAAGAAAAUGCCGAGCAACAUGAACCACAGAGUGAAUUGGUCGCUGCACCACCACUGGGGCCGAACAAAGAGCCAGAGAUGAGUGUGUUGGACAUUUUGGACACGGACAGCGAAAACUCCAAGCGGAAUAUCAGCAAAGUUUCACACGACUCUGACUUUGACUUCAGCUGAAGAGCUUCUAGAGCAACUGGCAAAGGAAUUGUGGCCGACUUUGUAGAUUUCUAGGAUGUUGGCAUAAUAAUAAUAAUUAUAUUUAUUCUUUCCUGGGUUUCUGAACAUUUUGACUGAAACCCAGGAAAGAAAAAUUAUAACAACAAUUACACGCAUUGCGGAAAAUACAUGAAAAUAAUAAUAUGUGGCACCUGUUGAA